CUUCAAAACCAAAAUAAAUGUCAACAUGAACCUAGGUCCUACUUUUGAGCCUGAGAGCAGGAGAGGAAGCCGUAGUCGAGCUCUAGAACGGUCCCUUAGCUACUCCGAAGCAAUUGGAACUGGCUCUAAGCGCUCGUCCAUAGAAAUACCGCGCAUCGUCGACACUGAUGUAUACAAUAACGAGGAAUUGAAAAAACAAUACAGGAUAUCACAAAUAGAAGGAAAAGAAAUCGCUUUCCCUGCAGUACAGAUAAAUUAUGAUACUCAAGUAGUACCGUCAACUCAAAGUUUUGUUACUGGAAGCUCGCUGUGCUCCAGCGAAGACGACCAAUGCCAGGGUCUAGUGAUGACUAUAGACGUGGAAACUGAUAGCCCUACUACUGGAACGACAAGAAAUUUUUCAGAUGCGUCAACAAGACCUUUAGCGAGUUCGAAUGUGACGAGUGACAAUAUUUAUGACACAAUUGAAGUAGUAGAGAGCGUGUACGAGAACGACCAUUAUACAGGGCCGCCUUCUCAGGGUUAUUCAUCGCGACUGGGCAAACGGAAGAAGAAGGAAAAUAGACAUCGACGCAGAGCCGGCCGCAAGACUCGCUCGAGACGCGUGGUGUGCAAGGACGGCGAGGAGAACGUGCCCGUGCGCAGCAACAUUCCCGCCAAGUCCAUCAAGUACGCGCGCGACAUCGUCAACACAGUCAUCAACGCAAAAUGGCGGUUCAUACUCCUGAUGAUGGUGGCAGCCCACUUCGUGUUUUGGUUAACGUUCGCGGCCAUCUGGUUGGCCGUGACCAGCUCCUACAGCGAUGACAUCGGCGACGGGAAGACCCAUUGCGUCAUCGGGACCUCUUCCUUUGCUGGCCUGUUGAUGAUGGCCGUGGAAACGCAGAUGACGAUCGGGUAUGGUGUCCGAUAUCCGAGCGAAGAAUGUCCAGAGGCUAUCAUUAUUAUGGUUUUGGAGAUUGUAGCUGGCACGGCAUUGUCAGGAGGACUCACUAGUUUGUUGUUCACUAAACUUGUAAGACCGAAUCGCCACGUUUCGUCUGUAGGAUUUAGCAAGAAAGCAACAGUAUGUCUCCGCGACGGACAGUUAAGCCUCCAGUUUCGUGUGUGGGACCUGUUGAACGUGCACUUGAUCGACAGCACCAUUACAGCUUACAUGCUCAAACCAAUCAGGACCCUGGAGGGUGAGACUAUGCAGAACUACAUCCACCAUUUGAAGCUGAAGGAGGCGCGCGCGUUCCUGCUGUGGCCCAUCACUGUAACACAUGUGAUCGACGUUGAGAGCCCGCUCUACGAAUUUUCUGCUCAGGACAUGAUUGAUUAUAGAUUCGAGAUUGUGGUUUGUCUGACAGGAGCUUCGAAGAAUAUGGGAACAGUGACACAAAGUCGAACUUCCUACCUAUCCAAGGAGAUAAACUGGGGGUACAGAUUCAAGAAUGUGUUAAGAUGGUCGAAGCGAAACGAGGCCUACGUCAUCAAUGUAGAAGACCUGAACACGAUGGAGCAAGUGGAAACCCCGCUAUGCAGCGCGAGUCACCUGAAGCAUUUCGAAAUCGUAUCAUCUGCUGACCUGUCCAUACCAACAAGCCCGUCAUUCCAGGGCAGUCUGACGAAGAACGCGUCGUCGCUGAGCCAUGAUCAAGCACUGGGGAGAAACUCUGAGUCACUUCCUUCAACGGUGCCAUCAACCCCCAGUUUUGGACCCUCUGGGACGCAAAGAAGCUUAAAUUGGACCUAUAAGAAAAUUUUGCCGGAGAAUGUUAUGAAGAUCCAAUAAUGUACUGCCACGUUAAACAUAAUUAUACCCGCCUGUUG